GUUGUUUUGUUAAUAAAGUUUAUUUAAAAAAUACAUUCAUUUGUUUAUAUAUUCUACAUAAUGUUAUAGAAUAAUUUCACGGUAGAAAACAUUUUAAACUAAUUACUAGAGAGAAAAAAACUUGUUUAGGAAUUUUUACAACAGUGCUACAACAUUUAUUUUUUUGUAGCUAUUGUUAGCCUAUUUAGUAUUACCAAAUUUGGGCUAUUAGCGUUAGCAUGAUAUCCGAACAACCAAUGAGUGAGCGUCUAGGCGUUUCCUUAGCAACACGGCCAGGAAGUUGAAGCAUCGAAGACAGUGAGAGGAUGUGUUAAUUAUUAUCUUCCUAACUUUUGUUUUUUAAUUUAUUUUUAAACAAAUUGCAUUAGCUUCUUGCUAAAAUGUCAGCGCAGUGUUAAUAAAAUGAUGAACUAAGCGCCUCCUCCUCCUCCUCCUCCUCGGUGAAGUAAAACAUGUCGGUGUCUACCAGGGCUCGUUCAGCGGGUUCACCGGAGCGGUCAGCGGACACCACCGCCACCAGCGACGAUCUUAUUCAAGUCCAAGCAGGAGGUAGACACAAUCAACUGCUUCCGGUCAAACAUCCAAGGGUCCCUCAUGAACUCCUGGUCAGCCUGACCUCCACUGUCUGCAACAAGAGCUCAAAGGUGCACACUGCACAUCACCAGCACGGUCAGGACUUUAAACUCAGACGUCCGGAUGGAGUCUGGCAUCAUUCGUUUAGUCGCAAUAAAUAUAAAUACUUUCUGGAGCAACCAACUUCCCUGAUGGGAGCUGGCAGGGAUAUUUCCUUUCUUUGUGAUACUGGGGUUACUCAGAAGAAAAAUGCUACCCUUCCACCUCUGAGGGACAACAGUGGCUUUGGGGAGACACAGGACUCGAUUGUGUCAAAAAAUGUCAUCCCAGAGGAAUAUCACAUCCUAAACAACAAAGGCUUACGAUGCCUGGAGUUCUACGAGGAUGCAUUCACAGUGCAGCUGAGGGAUCAAGAGCAGAAGUUACGAGUCCUUCCAUCACUGAGGCCCAGUGGCAGGCUGGAAGUKGUCCAGCUGAUGAGGAUGAUGGAUGACAUGAUGGAGAAGGCCGGAGUGGAYCAGCAGAGCGAAAAGCUGACUGAGGUUGAGGGUCUGCUUGAGCUGGUGAAAGUUGAGCAGAACAUCUACGACGUUGUUUUCCAUGAAGUGAUCAGGCAGGUCACCGUGGGCUGCACUGAGAGAGGACAGCUUCUCGCCAAACUCAGACAGCGGUACCAGUCUCUGCUGGAUCGAAUCCCACGGCAUCUGAUGGUUUUGCACACCGAGGCAGUGGCACAGCGAGCUCUGGUCCGCCGCCUCACCGAGGAAAUCUGCAGAAUCAAAGCAUCCAUCCAGCAGCUGAGCGUGGAGMUUUCCAACGUCAGAGACCACGGUUCGUUUGUUUCUCAGCAGGUGGAGCACGCUCAUCACAAACUGUCUGACGCCCUCAGAGAGACUCACAGCAACGCAGAUGUGGUUCAGGGUUACCACCAGCUGUAUGAGCUGCACCGAGCUCGCCUAGAGGCUCAGCUGCUCCAGGUGACCGAGGAGCGAGACUUCUGGAGUCGGUUCACCAAACGCUUCGCUGCAAAGAUGAUCAGUGUGAAGAAGCUGCAUUUGGUCGGUCAGCUGCACGUCAGCGAGGUCAGCUGGUUCCAAACCUCAAAGCACUGCCUCGGCUACGUCUUCUCAAAGGAUACAGAAGACAUUCAUUUCCUCCUGGAGUUAAUCGACUGCUGGAAGGAGCAGCUGAUUGCCCUCGUGUCCCGGCUGAAGGAGAUCGAGGACGCUCUGUGUUCUCAGAUCAUUGCCACGCAGCAAGGCAUCGCCAACUGGUUUUCUAUCCUCAACCAGGAGAAUAACUCUCCUGAACCUAAAUAUGACAAAACAUCAAUUGAAAGUAUUCAUUCUGAUCUGAAGGAGUGGUCAAAUAUGUUGAGCAUCCAGUAUGAGGAAUACCAGGGUGAAAAACAGCAUUUUUGUCAGCAGAAACUACGUGAACUUGACCAAGUCUCAGAAAAAUGCCAGCUCGUGAGCCUUCAGCUCAUUGACAGACACCCUGCUCCUGACUGCGGGGCCCCCGAUGGUCGACGCGGCUUAUGGGAGCUGGACAGGCUCGUGUCCGAGCUCCACAAGCAACUCGAUGUCCAAGUCAGCGGGGAGAGUGGGGUCCACAGAACCAUCCUGUCUCUGGUUGAGACAAUAGAGUCCUGGGUUUCCAAAUGUGCUGCUGUGAUUGGCCUGAAUGGCAUCAUGUCUCCUUCUGAUUGGCUUCAGUUGGAAGAGAGGAUGUGUGAAUGGCUCAGUUUGGCUGCAGAAGUGUUAUUGCACUUUKCUGUCGGCCAGAAAGGGAAGAAAGACAAGAGCAAACCUGACCGGCUCGAACAAACAAAACAAGUGUUCGAUGACGUUCAGAAGUUCACAAACAGCCUGUCCAACUUCACUGAGCUGGAGAACCAGAAACUACGAGAAGAAGUCAGAUCUGUUCACAUGGCUCAGACUCGCUGGAUGUUGGAUCUGUUGCUGCUCCUGAUUCCUGAUCACAGCGAGGAGCAGAACUGCGUUCAGGAACCUGACGACAAAAUGAAUAUGUCACUGCAGACUCUGAACGAAGAAGCCAAAAGGCUGUCUGAGAAACUGGUCUCUUUAUCCACCUACAUAACCAGGUCAUGCAACUUGAUCCUGGAGGAGAAGAUGAUCGUGGAUCCGAAUGAAGCUGAGCUUGAAAGUGAGAUGAACGCGUGCAAAAAGCUGCAGAGGGAGUCCGUUAAUUGGGUGGAGACUUGUAAAAUCCUGCUCACAGGAGUUCAUGGAGGGGCAGGGAAUCAGCCCGUCAGUCAGCCCGAGCCAUCUCCUCUUCUCAUCGCUGCUGGUUCAGCUGACAGCAUGGAGAUUCAGAUCAGUGAUGAGGCUUCAGUGGAGCUAACGCCACAUGAUGUCAGAGAUGUCACAGAUGAAUCUGAGGCAGACCCAGUGGAGGGGGCGCUAACAGUUUGUGAGAAGCCGGUGGUGAAGCAGAUCUGCUUUGAUCAAAGCAUCGCUCAGAAAAGGCUGGGGGAGAGUCGUGUCCAUCUGACCGGGACUAGCGAGUUGGUUCUGUCUCCAGCAACAGAAGAAGACCAGAGAGCUUUGAGUGAUCUGAGCAUAGCAGCAAUGCUGCAACAAGAGCUGAUUGAUUUGGAGCUGCGAGCAAAGACUGCCGAGCAGCGAGCCCUGAGAGCUGAGGAGGCCCUGCAGGCAGCAAUGGACAAGAUUCAGGACCUGGAGAGAACUGCAAAGUGGACCAAGUCCCCAGCCUCAAACUAAUGAAGAGACUGAUAGAACGACACCUCUGUCCCCAGCUCCUCCAGAAU